CACCAACGUACCAGCAUGUCCUACAAGCCUACCUGCAUGGACUGAAUGUUGAUCCGCCCAACAACCACUCCUGACAUCCUACCACCAACAUGUCCUAGGCUUCUCUUGAUCACAAAGACCUCAACUCAAUUCCUGAGAGGCCCGCAUGUUCAAUAUAUGGCUUUCCAAACCUAAUGUCCACAAAUCCUUUCCGCCGUAGUUCGUUCAAAGACGGUGCUGGCAGUGGUGCUCCUGCGCCCAUCUCAAUUCCAGCGGAUCCCUCCGGCUCCAAUCAUACCGCCACUGCUCCUUUAUCUGUCGAUACCAGAGUUUCCAAUGCAUCCCAGAAACAUGUGAACUUUGCUUCUCCGCCGGAUAUCAUCUCACCGGCGUCUUAUCCCCCCUCCCCCGAGUCCUCACGACAGGAAUUCCCACACCCACUCAUCAGUCCGGCCUUUCCAGACUCGUCAUCGAACGCCUCUUCCUUCCCAUAUGGCUCGGCCCUUGCCAGUGACCCCUUCUUCACCGACCAUUCCGAAGUGGAUGAUGACAGCGCUAUAGAUCAUGCUUUGAGGGAUGCACGGGUGAAUGCGGGCAUCUCACCACCGGCCACACCUUGGCCAGUCGUUCGAGGAGAUGCCGUGAGGGAUACACUUGGACGUUUUGCUAGUGCUCCACGUCGUGUGGAAAAUGAGCAGGCCCAUACAGGACCUACACGGUCUGCAAUGGAUGUAAACGCUUUUACGAAGUUGCUUCUCACUGGGCAGAGAGAAACCCCGGCUCCUCAAGAACGGACAACUGGAGAGUCGCCGUCGGUUGGAACCGUCCAACCAGCAAGUGAAAGCAGUUCUAGUGCAGAUACGGCAUCAACUACACAGCGCUCGCUGUUCGAGACUGCGCAACCCUCGGUGGAAGAGGAGAGCCCUCGAUCAUCGUAUGAAGCGGACUCGAGAGAAGCCAUCCAGCCUCGGCCUGUCGCCGCCCCUACAGAGAUUCGAAAGAAACCACCUCCCCCCAAAAGUCGCCGUGGAAAGCCAUUACGAGAAUCUACCGGAGAGCAGGAUUUGAAACAGAAUUUCAAUAAGUUCAUGGAUUCUCUCUCUAUUUCUGACCCCAAAGCUGUUGGGCUUGACGCCUCUGCCCUCAAAUCCCCCAAGGCUGCGGCGGAUCACUCUGGGGAAAAAUCCAGCACCACCGAAGGCAGUGAACUGCCUAGCAGGAAAACACCCCCUGCGCCACCAUUGGCCAGGCGAAAGAGCCAACAGACGCCCGGAAAACCCUUGUUAACGCGAAGCACUUCUUCUCGUUACUCAGUCAUCAGUGAUUAUGAUGUUCCCCCAAGUCCAUCGGCAUCCAGCUCCAACUUCAAAGCACCGCCUCCUCCGCCUGCGCGGCGAACUACCUCAAGCAACGAGGGUCGUCCAUCAUUUGAGGUCAGACCGGUUCCAGAAGACGAACAAGUCGAUACAGGGACAGUCGACGGCAACCUCUCUGCAAGAGAAGCAAGACCUGGAGUUUCACAGACGCCUUCAUAUCUGAAAAGACUCAGUCAGGGUCCUCCUCCACCAAUUCCGCCUCCUCGCCGCGGACGGGGCUCCAGCCGAAGCAGCGUAGAGACACAACGACCCUCCAUGGCCACUCUGGGUUUCUCUGAAGGUGAUGGUGGUUACUAUGAUCGGGAUGAUAGGGAUGAAAGGGAUGAAAAUCGCACAGAUAUUCUUGCAGAUCUCGCAGCGCUCCAAAGAGAAGUGGAUGCUGCUCGAGCCACUGCAAAUUAACGACUCUCGAAUUAGACCUGGCAGGAACCCACAAUCGUGUAUGGCCAAUAGCAGACUUUGCACACAUAUAUUGUAGAUUUACACUGCAUUGACGAUGUCAUUUGAUACUGU